AUGAUUGACGAACAGGGGUAUGGAGAUCGACACUCAGCGGCGGCAGUAGGCGGCUCCACCACUUCUUCCUCUUCUGUUUCGUUCGUCCGGCAGCAAACCCAGAUGGAGAAAGCAUGGUGGUUCCGUUGUGACACCGUGACGGGGGAGGCUGUUAGGACCGAUAGAAAGAGAUCAUAUUCUAAGAUGGAACACCAUCAUAUUGCAAUUCCGAUUCCAGUCACAGAUGUCCAUCUCCCAGAACUGGAAAUGACCAUUAUGGACCUGCAAAGGACAUUGACUGCUCCGAUUCCACUGAAUCUUCAGGCUAAAGUAGCUAAGAUGGUUACUGAAACAUUUGGGGAAAUGCUAUUUACUCCUAAAAAAGAGAGUUUAGCAGAAUUUCUGUCACCUGAAUCUUUAAAAAGAAGGUUCAUUAUGUCUACUAAACCUCCUAAAGAAUACGUUAAAGCAAAAGAAGCUAAGCCAAGUGGAAACAGUUCACAGAAAGAGCAGGAUGCAUCUGUUGAAAAGGGGCACUCUAAAUAUUAUGAAGAUUCAGAUAUGACUUGUGUUCGGAUAAUUUGAUUUAAGGGCAGGGGGAUAAUCGAAAAGUUGAUGGUCUUUCAAACUUUGCAAGUUUUACUUUCAAUAGGAACACAAACAUCACUACAAAAGAAAUGAGUGUGCAGUAUGUCAGUUUUUGUAUUCUUGGGGUUCAUCAAAAGAUAACUCACACUUAAUGAAGGUUUUGGAGAAUGGAUAGUUGUGGGUCCCACCAUCUCCUGGACAUAGAAAAACUUGGGAAGAAGAAAUACUCACAGAUUGAUGACCGAGGCAAUGGGGAGAAAACAUCAAUAGCCGAUCUUCACGAACAGGGUAUGCAGGAUAUUUAAAUGCACAUGUUAGCAAUGAACUUUCAUUGAUUAGUUUAGAGUACUUUUAGAGUUCGUUUUAUUAGGAUAUUGUAAUCCUAUGGUAAUUGGUGUUGUAUUGUAACUACAACUGGUGGAUUGACAUUAAGCAGUCUGCAGUGAUUUAGGGAUUGGUUGGUAUGGACAAUUUGAGCUUCUAAUACCCCUCCCAACCAAUUCUUUUUAAUUACUUAUUACUCUUGCCAAUUAAUAUCAAGAAACACGUUCAGUCCA